AUGAGACUGGCAAAAAUGUGCCGACUAAACGCGCUGGGGAUCUAUUUGUGGGAAACGGUAGUAUUUUUCAGCUUGGCAGCAUCGAAAGAAGCUGCGGCGAGGAAAGCCACCUCCCCGAUGCCGCCCUCCGAGUUCCUGGACAAACUCAUGGGCAAAGUUUCAGGUUACGACGCCAGAAUCCGACCGAAUUUUAAAGUGUGGAACAAAGACCCCAAAGGCUCCAAAAAUGAAGCUACUCACAAGAAAGGUCCGCCUGUAAACGUAACCUGCAACAUUUUUAUCAACAGUUUCGGGUCCAUCGCUGAGACGACAAUGGACUACAGAGUGAACAUCUUCCUGAGACAGCAGUGGAACGACCCUCGGUUGGCCUACAGCGAGUAUCCCGACGACUCGCUGGACCUCGACCCCUCUAUGUUGGACUCCAUCUGGAAACCUGACUUGUUCUUCGCCAACGAGAAGGGGGCCAACUUCCACGAGGUCACCACCGACAACAAGCUGCUACGGAUCUCCAAAAACGGCAACGUGCUUUACAGCAUACGAAUAACACUGGUCCUGGCCUGUCCCAUGGAUCUGAAGAACUUCCCUAUGGAUGUCCAGACCUGCAUAAUGCAGCUGGAGAGCUUCGGCUACACCAUGAACGACCUCAUAUUCGAGUGGGAUGAGAAGGGCGCCGUGCAGGUGGCCGACGGCCUGACGCUACCUCAGUUCAUACUCAAAGAGGAGAAGGACCUGCGCUACUGCACCAAGCACUACAACACAGGUAAAUUCACCUGUAUUGAGGCUCGCUUCCACCUGGAGCGUCAGAUGGGCUACUACCUGAUCCAGAUGUACAUCCCGUCCCUGCUCAUCGUCAUCCUGUCCUGGGUUUCUUUCUGGAUCAACAUGGACGCCGCGCCGGCCCGGGUGGGUCUGGGCAUCACCACUGUGCUGACCAUGACCACGCAGAGCUCCGGUUCCAGAGCCUCCCUGCCCAAGGUGUCCUAUGUAAAAGCCAUCGAUAUCUGGAUGGCUGUAUGUCUGCUGUUUGUGUUCUCGGCCCUGCUGGAGUACGCCGCCGUCAACUUCAUCGCCCGCCAACACAAGGAGCUGCUGCGCUUCAGACGGAGGCGACGACACAUGAAGGAGGAUGAGACGGGCGAGGGGCGCUUCAGCUUCCCCGGCUACGGCAUGGGCCCCGCCUGCCUGCAGGCCAAAGACGGCAUGGCCAUCAAGGGCAACAACAACAACGCCCCGGCCUCGGCCGCGCCCGAGAAGAGCAUCGAGGAGAUGAAGAAGCUGUUCAUCGGCCGGGCCAAACGCAUCGACACGGUGUCCCGCGUAGCCUUCCCGCUCGUCUUCCUCAUUUUUAAUAUUUUCUACUGGAUCAUUUACAAGAUCAUCCGCAGCGAGGACAUCCACAAGCAGUAGUCAAGAGGCGGAGGAGGAGGAGGAGGAGGAAGGCGAGAACGGUGCAAAGAGUAGAAUGCAGAGAAACGAAACAGAAGGGAACGGAGAGAAGACUUGGAUAGGAGAUAUCAUUGCGCCCUUUUUUCACGCCAACCUUUCCUUUUCCUCUUCCUGCAUCCUCUUCCUCUUUCGGUCGAGGAUAAGUUGCUUUUUGUGGCGGUCGCCCCCCA